UGAACACCUCUCUCUCUCUCUCUCUCUCUAUAUAUAUAUAUAUAUAUAUAUUGAAAUCUCUCUCUUUUCUCUCUGGUAUGGUCUGAUUAUUAUACAUACAGUUCAUUAAUGGCUUCUUCUUCUUCUUCGUUCAUAUUCAUCAUCAUCUUCUUGGUGGUUGCCGGGCUUUCUUUCUCCACCGGCACAGACGGCACAGAGCAGGUGGGAUUCGGAUAUGUGAUUCGAUCGGUUUUCAUUCACGAGAAAUCCAUCAUUGCUGAUCUUCAACUCAUUAACAACUCCUCCACUAUUUUCGGACCAGACAUUCAAUUUCUCUCAUUUGUCGCCAGUUUUGAUGCUGAAAACCGGCUGAGAAUUCACAUAACCGAUAGCAAUCAUCCCAGAUGGGAGGUGCCGGAGACAAUCAUUCCUCGUCGGCGCCGGCGUCUCAAAUCAAAAAGUUACCGCCUUCCGCCGUCAACCUACCGUCUAUCAAACCCAUCAUCAGGAAUCGUCUUCACCCUCAAAAACACAAAACCCUUCACCUUCAUCGUCACCCGCGGCGCCGAAACCCUCUUCGAUGCCUCUCCAAUUCCUUCAGAUCCCUCCACAUACCUCGUUUUCAAGGACCAGUAUCUCCAACUCUCCUCCUCCCUCCCCGCCGCCCGAUCAUCUCUCUACGGUCUCGGCGAACACACCAAGAGAUCAUUCAAGCUCGCUCACAAUCAAACGCUGACGCUAUGGAAUGCUGAUAUUGGUAGCGCUAAUGUCGAUCUCAACCUUUAUGGAUCCCAUCCUUUCUAUAUGGAUGUCCGAUCGCCAUAUGGAACUGCCCAUGGUGUACUCCUUCUUAAUAGUAAUGGUAUGGAUAUUGACUAUACUGGUGACAGGAUUACUUAUAAGGUGAUUGGGGGUGUGAUUGAUUUGUAUUUAUUCGCCGGUCCUACGCCGGAAAUGGUGAUGGAACAGUAUACUAUGCUUAUUGGCCGACCUGCCCCAAUGCCUUAUUGGUCCUUUGGCUUUCACCAAUGUCGCUAUGGCUACAAAGAUGUGUUUGAUGUUGAGAAUGUGGUUUCAAAUUACUCAAAAGCUAAUAUCCCACUCGAGGUAAUGUGGACAGACAUCGAUUACAUGGACGCUUACAAGGAUUUCACCUUUGAUCCGAUUAAGUUUCCCAUUGAUGAGAUGAGGAAGCUGGUGAAUGGGCUUCACAAAAACAACCAAAAAUAUGUAGUCAUUGUAGACCCUGGUAUUAGUGUGAACAAAUCAUAUGAGACAUACACAAGAGGGAUGAAAGCUGACAUCUUUAUCAAACGAAAUGGUGUUCCUUACUUGGGUGUAGUUUGGCCUGGAAAUGUUUACUUCCCGGAUUUCUUAAACCCUUCGAUUCAGUUGUUUUGGACAGAAGAAAUCAAACUGUUUCGAGAUCUUCUCCCGGUUGAUGGUCUUUGGAUUGACAUGAAUGAAUUAUCCAAUUUCAUUUCGUCUCCUCUUACUCCAAACUCUAGCCUUGACAAACCUCCUUAUGCGAUAAACAAUUCUGGAAAUCAAAGGCCGAUCAAUGAGAAGACAGUUCCAGCGACGGCUUUACAUUUUGGGAACGUUACAGAGUAUGACUCUCAUAAUCUAUACGGAUUCUUGGAGAGCAAAGUUACUAAUGCAGCUCUAAUCAAUGUCACUGGUAAGAGACCGUUUGUUCUUUCGAGAUCAACUUUCGUUGGAUCGGGUAAAUACACUGCUCAUUGGACUGGUGAUAAUGCCGCCACUUGGAACGAUCUGGCAUACUCGAUUCCUAGCGUUUUGAAUUCAGGGUUGUUUGGGAUUCCUAUGGUUGGAGCUGAUAUAUGUGGGUUCAGUGGGGACGCUACCGAAGAACUCUGCCGAAGAUGGAUCCAGUUGGGAGCGUUUUACCCUUUCGCAAGGGCCCAUUCCGACAAACUCACCUUCCGACGAGAACUAUACCUUUGGGACUCGGUUGCCUCCACAGCUCGAAAGGUGCUCGGUCUUCGCUACCGUUUACUACCAUAUUUUUACACACUAAUCUACGAAUCACACACUAAAGGCACCCCGAUAGCCCGACCCCUUUUCUUCGUGUUUCCUCAAGACAGAACAACAUACGACAUCGACUCGCAGUUUCUAAUUGGUAAUGGAGUAAUGGUAUCGCCCGUUCUCCAAUCCGGGGUUAUUUCAAUCCAGGCUUACUUCCCAGCCGGAAGAUGGUUCAAUCUAUUCAACUAUUCAAAUUCGGUUAAUUCAGAUAAUGGUAAACAUUUCACACUAGACGCACCACCUGAUCAUAUAAACGUGCAUAUCCGAGAAGGGACGAUUUUAGCCAUGCAAGGGAAAGCGAUGACAACUACAGCUGCCCGGAGGACAUCUUUCGAGAUAUUAGCAGCCUUCGGCACGAAAGGGAACAGCUCCGGCGAAGUGUUUUUAGACGACGGAGAAGAGGUGGAGAUGGGAGGAAGAAGUGGGAAGUGGAGUAUAGUAAGAUUUUAUGGCGGUUUGAUAUCUAACAGUAAAGUGGUAGUUGGUUCUGUGGUUUCUAAUGGUGAAUUUGCUUUAGGAGAGAAAUGGGUUAUAGAUAAAGUUACUGUUUUGGGCUUAAGGGCUGGGACUCAUUUGGUGAAGGGCUACAAUCUAACUACAGAGACAGGAUCUAAAACUGGAGAGAUUAUUGAGGGUAUAAAGGUAAGUUUACAUGAUAUUGGACCUUUUUCUAUAGUUGAGUUUUCAGGGCUCAAUUUACUUAUUGGGUAUGGGUUUAAAUUGGAGUUUGAUCUUCAAUGAUUUAAGAUGCUUGUAUUUGUAUCAGAAAAAGACUAGGAAGAAUCUAGGAAUGCCCAUUUAAUAAAUUUGUAGAUUUAUCCUUC